CACAAACAAACAAACAAACAGCUGAAUAUUGCUGCGGUUCACAGAGUUACCCUCAGGUUCGUCACGAGGCGGGAGGUGUGAGGUGCUGGUUCUGCUGCAGGACGGGUCUCAUGUCAGAACUGGACUUGAUGAAAAAGAAGCAGCGUUUCACCUCCGGGACCCACCUGUCCUCCUCCUCUCUGAAGAGGAGGUUUUUAAAGAGGAGGAGGAGGAGGAAGGUGGCUCCGGAUACACUGCGUGACACGGACAGUGACAGUGAGACGUGCAGAUGUUCCGUCUUUUCCAGGUCUGGAAGCAGCCGAACCGUCCACCGGAUUCUGACGGCCUGCGUCUUCUCCUUCCUGGCUCUGCUCAGCUCCGUGUCCGUGGACCUCAGCUCCAGCCUGGACCUGCUGCGGACCACCGAGGCCGCCUACGACGAGCUGACCUCCUGCAGGACCAGAACUCUGCUGCAGCUGGUCCAGGAGCUGCAGGACCUGAGGCGGUUCUUGGCCACGAACGUGAGCGAUGAGGAGACUCUGGAGACCGUGUUUCCUGCAGCGGAUCAUCUCUGCGGUGAAGUGGAGGGUCUCAGGGACGGACGUGGUCUCCCCUGCCGCGUCGAGGUGUCCGGAUUUUGCCAGGAGAUGGUGAAGAACAUUCAGGAGGUUUUAAACUCCUCGUUCCAGACUAACAGCUCUGGUUCUGCUGUGACCCGGGUCAUACGGGGACUUCUGGACUCCUGGGGCUCGGUGGAGGACUCUCUGCUGAAAGCCAAACAGAACUCGUGGUGGAGAGACGUUCUGUCUGCCAGACUUCUGGUGGUGUUCAUCGAGCUCAACCAUCAGCUGAUGUUCUCCCGUCAGACCACACCCUCACCUGGCUUUCAGCUCAGGUGGACUCGGACUCUGAGCUACCUGAGCUUCGCCCGGGUCCUGACAGAACGGCUGAACCUCUGCUGGCUGGAGAACAUCAACCUGGACAUGGAGCCUUGUGUUUUUGACACAAGUUCAUGGCAGGUCUCUGGAGCGGGAACUGAAACCCUGUCCGGGUCUCACACAGGAAUCCAGGUCCUGACUCAGACCCAGCGGUGCCUGUUUGAUCACGGGUCCUCGGCUCUCCUGUCCGAGUCCAGGUCCAUGGCCUCCAGCCUCAGCAUGAGGAUCUGCCUGCUGGCGUUGGCCUGCCUCAUCUACCCGGCGGUGAUGUUCUCCUUCAAGCAGAUGACGGAGUGGAUUCAGAACUACGCCUGGAAGCUGAAGGAGAAGACCAAGGACCUGAAGCACCAGAGGCAGCUGGCUGAAGAUCUGCUGCAUCAAAUGUUGCCCAAGUCGGUCGCCAAGCAGCUCCGGAAGCACAAACAUGUUGAGGCCGAGAGCUACGACAGGGUGACCAUUUUCUUCUCCGACAUCGUGGGCUUCACCUCCAUCUCUGCGUCGUGCACUCCUCUGCAAGUGGUGGAGAUGCUCAACAGCCUGUACAUGUGCUUCGACACACGCAUCGACUCCUACGACGUGUACAAGGUGGAGACCAUCGGAGAUGCCUACAUGGUGGUGAGCGGCCUCCCGGAGAGAAAUGGCGACAGACACGCUGACGAGAUCGCCAAGAUGGCGCUGGAUCUACUGGCGGCUGUCAGACAGGUGGUCAUCCCUCACAUGCCCAACGAGAGGCUGCAGCUGCGAGCCGGCAUCCACACAGGUCCGUGUGUGGCUGGAAUAGUGGGCCACAAGAUGCCGAGGUACUGCCUGUUCGGAGACACUGUGAACACGGCCUCCAGGAUGGAGUCCACCAGCCUGCCUCAGAAAAUCCACACCAGCUCAGAAACAUAUCUGGCUCUGAUGAAAGAUAACGCCUACGAGCUGCAGCUCCGUGGAGAGAUCGAGGUGAAGGGAAAAGGCAAACUGAACACGUACUGGCUGGUGGGCCACAGAAACUACAGCGUUCAGAACGACAGCCUGGUUUGUAACUGGAACCCCAACAUGGCCAGAAAGAAGAAGAUGGCAGCCGGCAGCGAGGUGUCUGUGGGGAACUCGUCGGUGACGGUGCAGAGCCUCAGUGACAACACCACCACCCCGCCGGUCUCCCUCCCCUCCUCAGCGAAGACCCAGACGGCUCCGACGCCUCGGGCCGACCGACCCGGUCUGAGCGUGGCGGCCCAGAUGGAGCCGUACGGCGGCAGCCACGGCACCCUGGGCUCCAUGAUCGGGGGGCUGCAGGGAGGAGACGACAGCCCCCUGCCCAGCCACCGGACAAACCUGACCUGCUGACUGGUUUACAGGGCUCUGGUUCCAACCAGGACCAGUGACCCUGGAUACAGUUAUCAUGGCAACAGAUGUCAAGCAAUGAAACUGUUUUGUGUUUGUAAUGUAGCUAUUUGUGUAUUUUGUGGUAAAUAUCUUUUAAGUUGUUCCUAAGCCUCAUACUGUUCCUUUAGAAACAGUCCUGUUUCGUUUUGUUAAUUUAAAAAGUCACAUUUUAGCUGUUUUUGUUGUUUUUCUUUAGUUGCAUAAAAAUAAUUAAAUUAAUAAAUGAGAACAAGAUCAUUUUAAAUCAAAGCCCUAAUGUGCAUAAAAUUGUGUUUGCUUUCACUUCACAACCUGCUGCCAAACAUGAAAGGGUAAUGAUGGUUUUGCUCUUGUCUGUUAGCAAAAUAUCUCAUAUCUAAACUCUCAGGAAAUAACAGYGUUCAGGUCUUUUUCUAGAUGGCCUCAGCUAAUCUGCAGCUGUUUGCUUUCCAACUAUUCAGAUGAAUGUUUGCUGUGGUAGUAGCUGAGAGUCAUCCCCAACAUGUACCUGAGCCAAGCAUCAUUUACUAAACCUUUACUUCCUCAUGUACAGAGGUUUAUAGUAACUAAGUACAUUUACUUUGUUACAGUACUUGAGUAAUUAUUUUGAGGAUUUGUAA